AUGAGAUGUCCAGCAGCUUUGUACGACUUUCUCUCAAAAUGGGACUUAUGGAUUUCUCGGCUCUAUUUUUCACUGACACAAUUAGAAUACGAUCAAAUUUUACAAAUGAAUUCAACGGAGUUGAGUCAUUUUUUAUUGACGCCCCAAAUUGGGGUCAAAAACGGAUUAAAUCCGUUAUCAGAUGAGUUUAUUCUCUAUGACGAUGAUGACAUACCUAAUAGCAAACAAACACAACAGCAUUAUGGGCUAUUAAAUGAUAGCCAAUUGUUUCCAAAUGCUGAUUUGAAUUACGAUCAUGAAGAAAAAUCAAUUAACAUCGAUGUUGGAGAUAUUCUUAAUGGUAUAGAUCUUGGAUGGGAACUACAAAAAUUAAUUCAUGGUUCAUCCUGUUCAAUAGCACCAGCAACAGAUCUUCCAUUAUCUCUACAAUCCAUAAAAGAAGAAGAAUCCUCAUGCUCAACUGCGAUGCUCGACGAAUGGAUACCGGAUGAUAUCUGCGUUGGACAAGAAUGUAUCAUCGGUAUUCCGUCUCCAACAACUGCACAAUACGAUACCGAUAACACCACAUCUGUUUCAUCCGCAUCACCUUCGAUAAUAUCAGAUAUUAGAACAUCAACGGAUUCAUUCACCAAUGAUUCAAUUCUUCCGAUAAAGAAACGUCGUCAUCGUCGCGGUUUAACACAACCCGAAAAGAAACAGCGAAAAAAACUACAAAAUAAAACAGCAGCUGAAAAAUAUCGACUUAGAAAAAAAUUAGAAAAGCAAACAAUACAAGAUAUAAAAUCACAAUUAAUAAAUAAUAAUAAAGAACUGCAAUUGGAAGUUGAUAACUUAGAACAUCGAAUAAUACAACUGAAACACUUAUUUUAUGAUAUAUUUCCAAUCAAAGAAGAACAACAAAAUAAUGGCAAUCUCUAG